AUGUCCACUUCUGCCUCCUCCGCCGUUCCCACCGACCUCCCUAUCUUCGGAUCUGUUAAGCAACGAACUAGACGACCUGUCAGUUCGGAAAGUCUUCAUGGAUUUGGUCACUUAACCCUUGACGGUCCCUCCCACCUCAUGGGCUCCAUUCCCACCCCCUCCAACGAGCUACACUGGCGAGAAAUGAUCGCAGACGCCUAUCUAGCUACGACCUGUGGAGAGGAAAGCGCCUACGAACACUAUCAACGUGCGUUAGCCGCUUACAUGUCCUCCCGACCCCCUAUUGAACGAAUGGAGGACAUCAAAAAACUUCUCCACCCUACCUUCCGACUCCGAUUAUUUGACGAGUUAUCUCUGCUGCACACCACAGCGGUUAAGUUAGUUGGGGUAGAGCAAGCCAUACGUUCCCUGGAGAAAAACAAAUUCGAGAAGAAAUUCCCGACCGUACUGAACCCCGUUGCGAAAGCCAAAGUCCGUACGCAGUUUACCUCCUUGUAUCCCGCCGAAAUGCAACAAUCGGCAAACAAUCGGAUUGCUGUUCUACAAUCCGAAAUGGCUAGUAAACUUCUGGAUGAGAUCAUCACUCAGAAAAGAGGAGAGAAAGCCCACCUUGAUGGGUUGUUAGCUAGGGAAUCCUAUGAGAAACGUCUUCGUGACGCUAUCAGCCGGGACUACCAAGCUGCCAAGGUCCGAUAUGGGGAACGCCCCCAGGCUGAGGAUGUUGACAUGACCGUCGGUGAUCAACCCACAGAGGCGAGAGCCCAGCGGGAUAACGCCGGCGACAUUAAAGCUCCUGAGUUUUUGUCGGUAGAAAGGGAUGCUGCCUUUGGGCUGGCACCUUUAUUGGCAAUCCGAGUGCUAGAGAUGGCUCGGAUAAAACAAUCCAACAAGGAUUAUGUUCUUGAGAAGAAAAUCUCUCUCAAAGAACGAACUGUCUUGAAGGUUGGCCAAGAAGCGCCGGAGUCUGAAGAGGCCCGGUUGAAAAGACUGAUUAAGUCGCUUCUGCCUAAAGACAUGGCUAAGCCAAAAAAUCGGUCCAAUAAACGCAAGGUAGGAGGGUCCCCAUGCCCGAAAAACUCGAUUUACCUAUCUAACCGCGAUCUAGGGAAAAACCGCCCCCAAGGUGAAAGCUCCGGCCAAACCUCAGGGAAUAAAAAAGACGCAGAAGACUCGGAAACCUACUGCGCCGACUACGAAGAAGACGACUCAGAAACGGGUCGCAUCCUCCACCGUCGUAAAAGGGCCAGGGAAGAAGGCGAAGGUUUAAAGUUGUUAGCUACAAACUUUAACUAUGAUAAGCCGUCUUCCUAUCCGGGUACGUUAUUAAAUCUCCCCUCCCAUUUGCAAACAGAUAUCUUGGUCGCGAAAGCUAAUACCGAAAGGUUUUCAGCCCUUCGCAGGUUUUGGCCGGAUCCUCAUGUGCAAACCGGGCUUUCUGUCCCAGAUUGGGUCAGAUAUGAGUUAGGGGUUAAUUUAAAAUAUCUGUAUCCUAUCUCGUUUAAUAAAAAAUUAAUCUCCAUUGCAUUUGAUGAAUUUAAAUAUUCACUACGUUGGAAAUAUUUUUGGUUUAACCGUGAUAAAAACAAUGAUGAACCAUGGAACCCGGAAUUCUCCUUUACUAAAGUAAAAAAGAAUCCACCGAAAAUGAGUAACACACUUGAGAGUAGACUUGCAUGUGGUGAGCUUUCCCUUCACGGGGAUUACGCUGGGCCCGUAAGAUCCAAUACCUUACAUCGGGACCGUCGCCCCCGAUGGAAAGAACUCUCUGAAUUCCUAGAAAGUCAAAAAAUGAUGAUCAAAGGAACGGACAAAAACCUUGGGCCUGUUAUCUUUUCGCGCGACUGGUACAUAAGCGAAGUGGAGAAAUUCCUCGCUGACGGCCAAAACUACCGGAAAUUAGAAGUUGGAUGGGCAGGGGACCCUGGUCCCACCUCGCUGUUAUACAACGAGGAUCACCCGAUCAACGGAAGAUUCAAGUGGUUGGCCAAUACCAUCCAUGAAGUAAGGCGUGAUCUUACCCACAUCACACAAAGCCUUAACGACGUAACCACCAAGCAAGAAAAGGAAUACCUUGAACGGUGGAACUUGCAAUUUGACAUCCCACGAUUUCACGGCAUCCCAAAGAUCCAUAAGAAACCAUGGGCUAUUCGUCCUAUUGCGCCCGGACACUCCUGGGUUACGUCCCCUCUUGCUAAAUGGGUACAGGUUAAAAUAGCCGGUGCCGCUAAGGCAACACCAUGGAUUGUUCAAUCAACCAAGGAUGUUGCGGCGCUACUACGCGAGGCUGUUAUCCCUGACCGCCGGACCCGCCGUAAAAUGUUCGUAUGUACAGGUGACGUAGUCGCCAUGUACCCGAACAUCCCUGCAGACGCACACUCUAUUGUCGCUGCAUGGUUUGCGGAUCAUCCGACGCACCUAGAUCCCGUUCUGAACGAUAACGUUCAUCUAUUGCAAAAUGCCAUGCGAAUUAUCAACCAAUAUGGGGUGGUUGAGUUCAAUGGCUCGUUCUAUUCGCAGCUCAAAGGAUUAGCGAUGGGAGCUGCCUGCUCCCCUGAUAUCGCAAACAUUUAUGCUGCAUACUACGAAGAACAAAACGUUAAUUUUAACGUGCAAACGUUCGAGCACAAUAAUCCAAUUAAGAUUUAUUGUCGCUAUAUCGACGAUUGUUUAGCUAUAAUCGAGGCCGACUCUGCGGAGCAUUGUUGGGCAAUCCUCGGCAAACAUAAUCUCGGACCGGUACUCCGCACCGAAUGGUCCGUGGUUGGUGAAGGCGAGGGACCUAGUCCAUUCCUCGAUUUAGAAAUCGAUAUUCUUUCCGGUAGCACACUUGACUUUAAACUUUACCGGAAACCCUUCAACCACUUCAUGCGUAUACCAUGGGAAAGCGCUCACCCGACGCAAGUCAAGAAAUCCGGAUUUCAGGGUGAACUUACCCGGAUAGCCACCUGCUCGUCUAGACGCGAAUUCUACGACCAGUCAGUAGCAGAGUACAUGGAACUACUCAUUGCGCGGGGCUAUCCACGUCAAGUCCUUCUUGCUUGGAAGGAACAGGAAGUCGAGAAACGUUGGUGUCUCGCCGUAUUACCAAAAGUCGAUCCAAAGGCUCACUCCUAUGCGGUUCUCAAAACUUCCUACAACGACGUAUGGUGCAACGUUAACGUUGCCUCCUUUAAGACGGCGAUUAUCAAUGGAGCGAUUGAGGCUGGAGCACUUUCUACGAAAGAUGCAUUAUUCCUAGAGUCCAUUCGCGACACAAGAUUCCUUAUAUCGUAUAAGCGCACACGAAAUCUGUCUGACGACGUGAACGCGCUUAACGUCCAGAUGUCUAGAAUUGAUCCUGAAUCAUUCAAUGACUUCGUUACGAGUGGUGCAUUCGACCUCUCCAAAGUUCUGUCUGUACAACGUGCGUACAACGAACAAACCGAUGAUGACGACUCGUCAUUCAAUUCUUCUUCGGGAGAACUUUGA